AUGGGUGGCUUUGGAGUCUCACUUCGGAGGCACAAGUUCGUCCUCCUCGUGCUCUUUCUUCUGCACAUUCAGAGUCUGGGUCUGGACAUGGAGAGUCAUCCUACCACUGAAGUCUGUGCCACACACACCAUUUCACCAGGACCCAAAGGAGAUGAUGGUGAAAAAGGAGAUCCAGGAGAGGAGGGAAAGCUCGGCAAAGUGGGACGCAUGGGGCCAAAAGGAGUUAAGGGAGACCUGGGUGAUGUGGGAGACCAAGGCAACAUUGGCAAGACUGGGCCCAUUGGCAAGAAGGGUGACAAAGGGGAAAAGGGUUUGCCCGGGAUUCCUGGAGGAAAAGGCAAAGCAGGUACUGUCUGCGAUUGUGGAAGAUACCGGAAAGUUGUUGGGCAAAUGGACAUUAGCGUUGCUCGCCUCAAGACAUCUAUGAACUUCGUCAAAAAUGUCAUAGCAGGGAUUAGGGAAACGGAUGAGAAAUUCUACUACAUCGUGCAGGAAGAGAAGAGCUACAGGGAAUCCCUGACCCACUGCCGGAUCCGGGGUGGCAUGCUAGCCAUGCCCAAGGACGAAGCUGCCAACACACUCAUCGCGGACUAUGUAGCCAAGAGUGGCUUCUUCCGGGUCUUCAUCGGGGUGAAUGACCUUGAGAGGGAAGGACAGUAUGUGUUUACCGACAACACCCCACUGCAGAACUACAGCAACUGGAAGGAGGGGGAGCCCAGCGACCCCUAUGGUCAUGAGGACUGUGUGGAAAUGCUGAGCUCAGGCAGGUGGAAUGACACGGAGUGCCAUCUUACCAUGUACUUUGUCUGUGAGUUUGUCAAGAAGAAAAAGUAA